UAAAGAGAGCGGCAACUUGUGGGAGCUCGCGGUCUUUAAUGGCUUAACAAACAAACAUAAUUACCCUUACCCGACUAGCGGGAACUCGCCGGGAACUCGCCCUGCAUUGUCGCGCGCUCCCCUGGACCUCGAGCCCGAAGCUAAGCAGGUUGGAGCCUGGAUGGUCGGAGGCAGAAUUGGUUGCGCUCUACUUCUAUACCCCCGUGCUUGUGCUCCCCGGCUUCACCAACCCGCAGGACCGGCACGAGCGAACCGCCGCCGCCGUCGCCGUCCCUGCCCGUGCUGUGGCCGUGGCCGUCGGACAUCGCGUGGCAGCAUGGACCCCGGGAAGGACCGAGGCGUCAAAUCCUCCGACGUAUCCGACCGAAUUCAACAGCUGCUGCACGAUGUGAACACCAACCCAGUGGUGGUGCGCUGGGCGAGCUCCGUGCUGGGCCGCUGUGUGGAGUCCCACCCGCUGCUGGCGAUCUUCGCGCUGCUCCUCCUCAUCCUCUCCGCUCCGCCCGUGCUGCUCUUCCUCGGCGCCGUCGCCUUCUACCUCGCCCUCUCCACCGUCGGGUUCAUCCUGCUGCAGGUGUGCGUCCUGUCGCUGGGAGUCUCCGUCCUGCUCCUCUUCCUCUCGGGCCUCGGCGCGCUGGCUCUGGGCCUGACGCUCGCCUUCGCUCCCAUCCUCCUCGUCGCCUCGCUGCUCCUCUCGCGGGACUCCGCGGGUGAACGUCGCCCGCCGGCAAGGCUGACGGAUGGAGGCCACGGCUACUCUCCCUCCCGGAACUACGCGCGGAGAAACUCGCUCAGUUGAAACCCCCUCCUACCGCGUGCGCACACGUGUGAGUGUGUGGGUCAGGGUGAGUGUGUGAGUGUGUGUCAGGGUGAGUGUGUGCGAGUGUGUGUGAGUCUGUGUGUGCGUGUGAGUCAGGGUGAGUGUGUGUGUGUGUCUG